UACCAAGCUUAGAAUCCAUCUUCUUAUAUAAUAUCUACCAUUGUGAAAACCUGCAAUCCAUAUUCCAUAAUCUAUCUCUACCUGAUCUCAAACAUGCCGCAAAUCAUCACUGCUGAAUCUGAUGAUGAAGAAAUUGCAUCCUCAUCCACAACGAAACUCUUCGGUCGGGAACGACCACUACAUGCUGUCUUUGGGGGAGGAAAAGUUGCAGAAGUGUUGUUAUGGAGGAAGAAGAACAUAUCAGCUGCAUUUCUCAUUGGGUUCACACUGGUGUGGUUUCUUUUUGAGAUUGUUGAGUAUCACUUUCUUACACUUCUCUGCCACAUCUUCAUCACCGCGAUGCUCAUCCUCUUCAUUUGGUCCAAUGGGGCCCCACUGUUCGACCGGGACCCUCCAACGCUUCCUAAGAUCGUCUUAUCGGAGUCAGCAUUCCAAGAAUUAGCUGCAGGCUUCCACAAGAAGCUCAACCGGUUCAUAUUAAUUCUCUAUGACAUUGCAUGCGGGAAACAAUUGAGCCUCUUCAUUUCGGUCAUUGCUUCCCUCUGGAUACUAGCAACCAUCACUACCUAUUUCAGCACUCUGAAUCUUCUAUAUUUUGGUUUCCUCUGCAUGAUGGUGCUGCCAGCUCUGUAUGAGCGCUACGAGCAAGAAGUGGAUUACCUCGCGAGCAAGAGCAGCCAGGACAUCAAAAAUUUGUACAAGAAAUUUGACUCGGAAGUUCUUAACAAGAUUCCAAGAGGUCCGGUGAAGGAUAAGAAAUUAAAUUAGAGUGGAUAUGGAAGUUUGAUGUUAAUAUGUUGACAAUGUCAGGUAAAUUUUUAAUUCAAGAUAAGAGAGUUGUUCAUGAGGGAUUUAAAUGGGAUCUCUAAUCUUUGCUAAGAGAUCCACAUUUCCAUGGGAACUCCCAACAAUUUAAUGUAAAUAUUUUUAUUUGAUAAUAAAGAGCCCCUCAAUCUUCCUUGGAAA